ACGGAUAUGUGCGUAAAGAGAGAGUAGAAACGUGACGUCACGAAAUUGCUUUCUACCCCCCAAACUCGUUGGGUGAAGACGUUUCAGAUUUUAAUCGAAUAUAGAAUUGAGGUCUCUCGUUUAAUUUGACGAGCGUGUGUUGUGUUUCAUAAAGAAUAUCCUUAUAGAAUGCAAUUGGAGAACGUUGCAUAGUAUCAUCAUUCCAGGUUUGGAGAAAAAAAGGAGGUAAGAGGUAGAUAAUUUCUAAGUAACGAAUCCACACGGUGUUAUUUCCGUUUAAUUCAUUCAUUAUAUGUUUCAAUUACACGAUUGGGGCGAAUUAUAGAUUUACAGAAUGAUCAGUGCAUAAGUAGAAUGUAGACGAAUCAUGCUGCGGGAAUUGUACAAUCGUUUGACUUGUUUAUUGAGUCAGUCCAGCUGAAAAUAGCCCAUCAUUGUCGUAGGCUAGGCUCUGUUCUACCGUUACUCAUCUGAAGGGCGCUGCUUUCUCCAUUGACAGUAGUGCUCAUCACGAUGCGCCAUUCUGCAUCCUGCGCAUCCUUUAAAAUGAAUAACAAAUCUGGAAAACGUAUCAUAUUGCAUAGAUUCGUGGUCUCAUUUGUUUUCAAUCUGGUGGUAUAGGCCUAUUUGGUGCAAAAAUAUAUGCUGGGAAAAUGCCCUUCAUCCAUACACCCUCAACCUAUGAGUGUUGAACAUGGCACAUUUUGGAUGGGCUAUGAUGACACAAAUAUUAUUUCACUCGUCAAAAUAUGAUUGUGAUACCUGCAAAAUAUUAGAAAUAUCCUUCAUCACACUGUCAAGCUUUAUUAUAAUAAAUGAAAGAUUAUCUUGUGCAGGCUACAAUGAAUCUCUCCCUGACAACAAGGGCCUUAUUCAGGAGGCUAUCAGAAUGUAGCCACAGAAUAUUAUGCAUAAUCGAAGUAACACUGUUACCUCCCCAUGCAUUGGGCGCUCAAGGUUUUCCAUAUUUCAUAUCGAUAGCCUACAUACCGGUUUGUUGCUUGAAUUAAUAUGAAGGAAAUUAUGGUGUUUAUGAUGCUAAAAUGACACAUUUCUUUGCUGAAAUAUUGAUACAAUGUAAUAUUCUUUUCAGGCUCAUUUCCAAGGCGUUGAGUUUUAGUCUGAAUAAUAUUUAUUUCCAACUGGAGGAAUAUAUCAAAUUGUGAUGGCAGGUAAGAACAGUCUACAUACAAGGAUGGUAUAGUAGUAGAAUAUUUUGUAGAGUGUGACUUCUGUAUUGAAUAUUGAAUCAUGCUACUCUUUGUAAGAUAUAUAAGUUAUUAGUAGUAAGUAGUUAAUAAGCAUGUUAUUAUCAUGUAUUAUUAUUAUUAUAGUACACAAUGCUUAACCUGACUGCUUUAAGAUAAAUUGUGUGUUGAUCAUGUUGAAUGCUUAGCUUAUACUUUAACUAUUACAUUUACAUUUGAGUCAUUUAGCUCUUAUCCAGAGUGACUUACAGUUAGUGAGUGCAUACAUGAUUAUUAUUAUUAUUUUUUCAUACUGGCCCCCCUGUGGGAACUAUAAUAUUUUAUCUUGGAUUUAGUUGUAAUUCAAGAUUUGACUUCUAAGUAAGUUAAAUGCUGAGCAUCAAUGUUAUAAAGCCUCUUCAUUUCAUCCCCACAGAAAACAAUUUCCCUCCCCUGCCUGGCUUCAUCCGUCUGAAGCCGUGUUUCUAUCAGGACUUCAACGAGAUCCCAGAUGUACACCGCUCCAUGUGCAAGAAGCUCUACUACCUAUGGAUCUGUGAGUGUGUUGGGGGCAUCCCAAAUGGCACCCUAUUCCCUAUUUAGUGCACUACUUUUGACCAGGGCCCAUAGGAUUCUGGUCAAAAGUAGUGCACUACAUAGGGAAUAGGGUGCCAUUUGGAAGACACCUGUGGUUAGAGACUGAGUCAUCUGUGUCGGUUUCCCAGACCCAGAUUAAGCAAAGCUUUAUACACCAUUUUCCAUUGAGAAUGCUUUUUUUAGUCCAGAACUUAGCUCCAUCUGGGUCUAGUCAUCAAGUAUUAGAGCUAAUAUUCUACGAGAGUUGGCGGUACUCAAGCAGUAGAAGAUUAGAGAUGCUGGUGCCGUACCGGGCAGCACCGGCCCAUUUAACAAAGUCCUUUACUACUGUUUGGCCCUCUCUUUUCAGAUUACUUUUUAACGUCUCACAAAACAAUACGGGAAACAAACACAGGUAUAGCAGGACGGUUGGUGUAGCUGGUUAGCAGCUCUUUAAUAAGACUUUCAGGCAUCCAGCCAAGAAUUGUUACUUGACAUGUUUUUUUCAUCACAAUCAACAUUCCGCUAGUUAAUAGCCUCCCAUCUCUAUACCGUUGGCUUGACAACAAGAGAUGGAAGUGCAGCUAAUAGUUCAAUGGUAAACUUUAUACAUGGAUGAUUGCGUAACUUUCAUUCUCAUUUGCAUUUUAUUUAGCAUUAUCGCUCAGGUUGGGGAUUGUAAAAGUAAGUCCUGUGAAAUAUAUGUUAUAAAUAAUCCCAAUAGGUAAUCAUUAGUUUGUGCCUCUUAGCCUAGUAGCCACUGUAAUGUGUGUUGAAUAGAUGGCAAUACAGAACAUACACAUGCCAUAGCAAUCACACGUACCCUAUACUCUUUAUAGUGUAGUAUUUUGUAUUUGGGACGCGGACCAUAACUUGGUCGUAGAGAUCUCUUCCCUAUACCUCAGAUGCUAAAUCAUAAAGCUACCUUUUACUGCCUCUGCAGACUCUCAUACAAAUCUGAAGCAACCAAUUAAACUUCACUUUGCUAGAUGAAUCAUCCAAUAACAGACUGUGCUGUUGUACUGUAAUUAGAUAAGGUCCCCGUCCCAGACAAUGUAAUUGUACUGACAUGAAAUGGGGAAAAAAGUAACACAAUGAUCCUGUUUGUUAGGCACCAAACUGAUGAAAACAGACUGAAACAACCUUUUUAAUUUAUUUUAUUUUAUUUAACUAGGCAAGUCAGUUAAGAACAAAUUCUUAUUUACAAUGACGGUCUACCCCAGCCAAACCCGGACGACGCUGGGCCAAUUGUGCGCCGCCCUGUGGGACUCCCAAUCACGGCCGGUUGUGAUACAGCCUGGAAUCAAACCAGGGGGUCUGUAGUGACGCCUCAAGCACUGAGAUGCAAUGCCUUAGACCGCUGUGCCACUCGUGACUUGUCCAAUAAGACACACUCAUUUUCCAUUUCCGUUGCAUGCCCUAAUGAACAACAGGCGUCAUUGUAAAUAUUAAUUUAUUUUUAAUUGACCUGCCUGGUUAAAUAAAUUACAUUUAAAAAACACGACCAAUGCUACUGCAUUCCAAAUAAUGCAAGGUCCACCAUUAAUAUAGUUAUUUGACCUUUUUUUCCAUCUGUGAUCAUUACAGUGAACAGUGCCACCUUGGCGGUCAAUCUGAUUGGCUGCCUGGCGUGGAUGUGCGGCGGGGGCGGAGCAACUAACUUUGGCAUGGCCAUUCUGUGGCUCAUCCUGUUCACCCCCUGCUCCUACGUGUGCUGGUUCAGACCCAUCUACAAGGCCUUCAAGUAAGUACACCCUUCUUCUGCCACCUGGGGUGCGUUCAGUACGGUUUAACGUUUGCCAAUGUUUUGGUCGUUCAGCACAGUACCGUUUCUGUUGAAUUAAACGUUGAACACCGUUUGUUACAUUAGAUUUAUAUGCAUGAGGCAGAGAGACAGUAAACACUUUCUUCAAGCUAUUUCCCCCCAGAUAUACAGUAGUACAGGAGGUUGGUGGUACCUUAAAUGGGGAGGAUGGGCUCGUGGUAAUGACUGGAGCGGAAUCAGUGGAAUGGUAUCAAAUACAUCAAACACGUGGUUUCCAGGUGGUUGAUGCCAUUCCAUUUGCUCCGUUCCGGCCAUUAUUAUGAGCCGCUCUCCCCUCAGCAGCCUCCACGAAGUAGGUUCAAUCCUGGAUUUCUGACUAGAUUUACUUCUCUCUCCCCCCCCUGUAGGACUGACAGCUCGUUCAACUUCAUGGCGUUCUUCUUCGUGUUCAUGGCCCAGGUGGUGAUCAGCAUCAUCCAGUGUAUAGGGAUCCCAGGCUGGGGGGUCUGGUAAGGAUGGAGCCUGGGUCUCCCCUCUCUGAGUCUGGAUCCGCUCAAAGUUUCUUCCUUCUAGGGAAGGGUUCUUCCAUAGUUGCCUUGCCACUUCUCCUUGCUCUUUGGGGUUCUAGGCCGGGUUACUGUAAAACACUUUGUGACAACUGUUGAUGUAAAAAAAGGGCUAUACAAUUUAAUUGGUUGAUUGACCGGAUUUUUCGGCCAUAGCCUUACAGUUGACGGCGUUGUUAUCAUUAUGAAACCCCGCCUUAGAACAGGCGUCGACUUCCUGUCAACUUGUUUUGGUUUUCUUCUUCUUCCUUCCUCCAGCGGCUGGCUGGCGACCAUCACCUUCUUUAGCACCAAUAUAGGCUCUGCUGUAGUCAUGCUGAUCCCCACCAUCAUGUUCACUGCCAUGGCUGUCCUCUCCUUCAUCGGGCUCACCAAGGUACCAUAGUACUAUAUACAUUGACAAUUUGUGUGUGUUUGUGUGUGUGUGUGUGUGUGUGUUUGUGUGCGUCUUUGUGUGCUACAUACACUUCCACUUCGGCACUGCCUAGUACUAGGGCUGUUACGGUGACCGUGUUACAGCCACACCGGCAGUCACGAGUCAUGAAAGGCAGUCAAAUUGCACGUUACCGUUUAGUCACGGUUAUUAGGCUUCUCCGAGGUCUGAUGCUGCUGCUGGUCAUUAGUAGCCUACCAAACUUGCUAACUGCCUGGUACUCAGCACUCUAUUGUCCCUCUAAUCACUCUGACUUCAAUGCUAAUGUAAUCAAAAAUCUAAUCAAACACUUCAUGAGAGUCCAUGAGCUCAUGUUGCGCAACAUUUCAACAGGCUAUGCAAUUGCGCGAGAAAACAGAGUGAUGGCCUCUACUAAAAAUAGGAGGAUCAGCUUUCUAUAGGCUAGGCCUACUAUAUUUAUUUCUCAACUUUCCUAAUAUUAAGCACAUUGCUUCUCUUUAAAACAGGAGUAUAGCCUACCUGGUUGGCAUGAAAAUAAACCACGGGGAAAAGUGUCUUCCAGUCGCUAUUUAAGUGCAUAGAUGACAUGUAUUUUUUCCCGCUGCCCCUGUUUCAAGACAGGUGCAUGAUAAUGGUCCAUUCUAAAUCAAAACAAACUUCAGACAUACAGUACCAGUCAAAAGUUUGGACACACCUACUCAUUCAAGGGUUUUUCUUAUUUUUUUUUACAAUUUUCUACAUUGUAGAAUAAUAGUGAAGACAUCAAAACUAUGAAAUAACACAUAUCGAAUCAUGUAGUUACCAAAAAAGUAUUAAACCAAUCAAAAUAUAUUUUAGAUUUUAGAUUCUUCAGAGUAGCCACCCUUUGCCUUUAUGACAGCUUUGCCCACUCUUGGCAUCAAAAACCAUCAAGCGCUAUGAUGAAACUGGCUCUCAUGAGGACCGCCACAGGAAAGGAAGACCCAGAGUUACCUCUGCUGCAGAGGGUGAGUUCAUUAGAGUUACCAGCCUCAGAAGAAACCACUAUUAAUGGACACCAAUAAGAAAAAGAGACUUGCUUGGGCCAAGAAACACGAGCAAUGGACAUUAGACCGGUGGAAAUCUGUCCUUUGGUCUGCUGAGUCCAAAUUUGAGGUUUUUGGUUCCAACCGCUGUGCCUUUGUGAGACGCAGAGUAGGUAAACGGAUGAUCUCAGCAUGUGUGGUUCCCACCGUGAAGCAUGGAGGAGGAGGUGUGAUGGUGUGGGGGUGCUUUGCUGGUGACACUGUCUGUGAUUUAUUUAGAAUUCAAGGCACACUUAACCAGCAUGGCUACCACAGCAUUCUGCAGUGAUACGCCAUCCCAUCUGGUUUGGGCUUAGUGGGACUAUCAUUUGUUUUUCAACAGGACAAUGACCCAACACACCUCCAGGCUGUGUAAGGGCUAUUUUACCAAGAAUGAGAGUGAUGGAGUGCUGCAUCAGAUGACCUGGCCUCCACAAUCACCCGACCUCAACCCAAUUGAGAUGGUUUGGGAUGAGUUGGACCGCAGAGCGAAGGAAAAGCAGCCAACAAGGCAAAGGGUGGCUACUUUGAAGAAUCUAAAAUCUAAAAUAUAUUUUGAUUUGUUUAACACUUUUUGGGUUACUACAUUAUUCAAUAUAUGUUAUUUCAUCGUUUUGAUGUCUUCACUGUUAUUCUACAAUGUAGAAAAUAGUAAAAACAAAGAAAAACCCUUGAAUGAGUAGGUGUGUCCAAACUUUUGACUGGUACUGUAUAUUAUUUAGUAUAUGUAAAGACAAUAUUAAAUCAAGAAUAGUCUGAUGGGUGACAAUAUUAGCCUGUCACUUGUGAAUGAUAUAUUAUCACUUGUGAAUGAUGCCCAGCAUAAGAAACUGCCUUUUUUUGCGACUUUUUCGAAUCGUAGUCGCACACCUCAUGUAGCCUAGCCCAUAGGCCUAUAUGUUUUGAUAAGGUUUGUAUCACAACUAAAGUGGCCAAAUAACUGCUUAAAAUUAAGCACAUUCAUCCGCUUUACAAGGGGUGUAGAGCCUAACUGGCAUACAUACGCAGCGCGUGAGUUUCAAGUUUGGGAAGAUCAUUUUCACCAUAAAAAUGCACCUUUAUAAUAAAAGCAUUUCGUGCAUAGUCGCAUUUGCGGUCACUUUUGAUAAUGGUGUUUUCCCCGCUAAUGGAACAUUUGCGCUUAUAGCCUACUGCCAUGUGCGCAUUGCUGCGCUUAUUAAUGUGAAGAAAUAGCCGAAUAGUUUAUCAACAUUUUAAGCCAAACGUUCUCAUCUGUUGCGUCAGGCUCAUUGCUUAAAACAGGUUUUUUUGAUGCUAGUGGUUGUAUUAAUUUGGGAUCUAUCGCAUCCCACAACUCUCCCAGACUAUGAUUGGAAUAUUUAUUUCUCGCACAGAAUAGAAUAGGUCAACUUUUGUACUAUGGGGGAUAGUAGAUUGACAUAGGCUAGUGCUUUUGCUGUUCGUUAGGCCGACUCAUCUUGUUGGCUGACGAAAAGUAAAUGUGGACAGUUCUUCCAAUAUCUUCAAUAUGCACCUCGGAAUUGGAUAAGGACGCGCGCAGUUGCGUCCCCGAUGUGUCUGUCUUCACUUGUAGCCUGUGAGAAAGACCCGAUCACGUGAUGGAGAGCGCAGCACUCAGGGAGAAGUGCACAACCACCACUGGCCGCAAAAGGCAUGGAUACGGCCACACAAAGGGGAUGCCGCCGUGAAAUUCUAGGCAUUAUCAAGUGCUUGUCAAAUUGUGAAUGAGAGACUGAUGAAGUGUUUGCAGCCUACGCAAAAAACUAAGCAGAUCUCAUGCCUUUCAAGCAACUUUUUUCAAAUCAACAUUUGAGUCUCAUCAUGCAGCCUUACAAUGUAUUAAAAAUCAAAACAUAUAGCCCAACGUUUGUAGAACAACUAAAGUUACAUUAAUAACUCUAAAUUAAGCAUAUAGGAGUACCUAUUUCUUUGUUAACCGCUCAACACAGAAUAGCCGCAUGUGCGCACUCCCUCAAACCGUUUGGAGAAAAUAUCCUUUCUAUUUUAUUCAGCUUUGUUCAGUUGUAUUCUUCAUACUAUAAAAUAAUGCCACGGAAUUCUAAGCAAAUCUUGUCUGCUAAAUGAACUAGUGUAGCCCACAGCCAUAUGGCACAGCCAGAUCAGAGCCUAACAUAAGGACAACUUAGAGUAUGCUAUUCUGUUCUUCUGAAAUAGACUACAUUUUCUUCAUAUCAUGCUUCUUUAGACCUGUCUAAACUAAAUAAUGGAUUUAUUGUGAAGGUGUAGGCUAUAUUACAUGGAUGUAUUAUACUUUUUUUAAAUGUAGAUGUUCCAAAUGUCUGCAUCAGUGGCUUGCAGGCUAUGUGUGGAAGCCAGGAGAUGCUAAAUGUGUUUAUGUUAAUUAACGGUCAAUUACUGUGAGACCGACAGCUUUAAGCGUCAGUUGUCAGAGCAGCUUACCGAUCACUGCACCUGUACACAGCCAUUCUGAAAUUAGCCCACCCAACCUCAUCCCCAUAUUAUUUAUUUUGCUAAUUUGCACCCCAGUAUCUCUAUUAGCACAUCAUCUUUUACACAUCUAUAUCUCCAGUGUUAAUACGAAAUUGUAACUAUUUUGCACUAUGGCCUAUUUAUUGCCUUACCUCCAUAACUUACUACAUUCGUACACACUGUAUAUAUAUUUUCUAUUGUAUUUUUGACUUUAUGUUUUGUUUACCCGGUACAGUGGGGAAAAAAAAGUAUUUAGUCAGCCACCAAUUGUGCAAGUUCUCCCACUUAAAAAGAUGAGAGAGGCCUGUAAUUUUCAUCAUAGGUACACGUCAACUAUGACAGACAAAUUGAGAAAAAGAAAUCCAGAAAAUCACAUUGUAGGAUUUUUUAUGAAUUUAUUUGCAAAUGAUGGUGGAAAAUAAGUAUUUGGUCACCUACAAACAAGCAAGAUUUCUGGCUCUCACAGACCUGUAACUUCUUCUUUAAGAGGCUCCUCUGUCCUCCACUCGUUACCUGUAUUAAUGGCACCUGUUUGAACUUGUUAUCAGUAUAAAAGACACCUGUCCACAACCUCAAACAGUCACACUCCAAACUCCACUAUGGCCAAGACCAAAGAGCUGUCAAAGGACACCAGAAACAAAAUUGUAGACCUGCACCAGGCUGGGAAGACUGAAUCUGCAAUAGGUAAGCAGCUUGGUUUGAAGAAAUCAACUGUGGGAGCAAUUAUUAGGAAAUGGAAAGACAUACAAGACCACUGAUCAUCUCCCUCGAUCUGGGGCUCCACGCAAGAUCUCACCCAGUGGGGUCAAAAUGAUCACAAGAACGGUGAGCAAAAAUCCCCAAGGGGGGUUUUUUUUGGGGGCCCCCCAUUGACAUAGUGUCAUCACGAUGCGCCAUUUGCAUCCGGGCCUCCUUUAAAAUGAAAAAACAAAUCUGGAAAACGUAUAUAUUGAUAGUUUUCGGGGUCUUUUUUUUCAAUCUGGGGGGUUUAGGCCUAUUUGGGCAAAAUUAUGCGGGGAAAAAUGCCCUUCACCCCUACACCCUCAACCUUUAGUGUGAAAGGACUUUUGGAGGGGGCAUGUUUUACACAAAAUUUUUUCCCAUCGUAAAAAUUGAUUGUGAUACCUGCAAAUAUUAAAAAUACCCUUUCAUCACACUGUAAAGCUUUAUUAUAAAAAAAUAAAAAUUUACUUGUCGGCUAAAAAUGAAUUCUCCCUACAACAGGGCCUUUUAGAGGCAUCGAAUGUAGCCACAAAAAUUUAUGCAAAACAAAGUAACAGUUACCCCCCAUGCAUUGGGCGCCAAUUUUUUCCCUUUUUCAUAUCGAUAGCCUACUACUUUUUUUGUUGCUUGUUAAAUAUAAAAAAAUUAGGGUGUUUUGAGCAAAAUGACACAUUUCUUGCUGAAAUAUGAUACAAGAAAUAUUCUUUUCAGGCUCUUUUCCAAGGGUUGGUUUUAGUCUGAAAAAUAUUUUAUUUCCCAAACUGGAAAUAAUAAAAUUGUGAUGGCAAAAAGAACUCAAACAAGGAUGUAUAGAGUAGAAUUUUUGUAGAGUUGAUUUCGUAUUGAAUAUUGAAUCUGCUCCCUUUUUUGUAAAUAUAUAAGUUAUUAUAGUAGGUUAAAAAACAUUUAUUACUGAUUAUUUUAUAUGACAAAAUGUUACUAAACUGCUUUAGAAAAAUUGUGUGUUGAUCAUGUUAAUCUUGCUUUUUUAACUAUAUUUUUUACAUUGAUCAUUUAGUUUUCCAGGCUUACAUUUAGUGAGUGCAUACUGUUUAUUAUUUUUUUUUUCAUACUGGCCCCCCUGGGGGAACUAUAAUUUUUUUAAAUCUUGGAUUUAGUUGUAAUUAAAGUUUUUGAUCAAAUAAUUAAAUGUGACUAAAUUUUUUAUAAAGCCUUUAUUUCAUCCCCCAGAAAAAAUUUCCCCUCCCCCGCCUGGUUCUCCGCUAAACGUGUUUCUAUCAGGACUAAACGGAUCCCAGAUGAACCGUCCAUGUGAAGAACUCUACUCCUAAUCUGGGGUUGUUGGGGGCACCCCAAAUUUUCCCCUAUUCCCAUUUAGUGCAUAUUUUGCCCAGGGCCCAAAGGAUUCGGGGUCAAAUAGUGCCUAAUGGGGAAAAGGGUGCCAUUUGGAAAACCUGGGGUUAGAGACUGAUCAUCUGGUCGGUUUCCCGACCCGAUUAAGCAAAUUUUAACCCAUUUUCCAUUGAAAUGCUUUUUUUAGUCCAAACUUACUCCAUCGGGGGUUAGUCUCAAGAUUAGAGCAAUAUUCUACAGAGUUGGCGGUACUCAACAUGAAGAUUAGAGAUGGGUGCCGUCCCGGGGGCGCACCGCCCUUUAAAAAAGCCUUUUACUACGUUUGCCCUCUUUUUCAGAUUACUUUUAAAACGUCUCACAAACAAUACGGGAACAAACACAGGUAUAGCAGGAGGGUUUUUUGUAGCUGGUUAGCAGCUUUUUAAAAAGAUUUUGGGAUCCAGCCAAAGAAUUGUUAUUUUGACAUUUUUUUUUCACCCAAAAUAAACAUUCCCUAGUUAAUAGCCCCCCUUCUAUACCGUUGGCUUGACAACAAAGAUGGAAGUGCAGCUAAUAUUCAAUGGUAAAUUUUAUACAGGGAUGAUUGCGAACUUUCAUUUAUUUGCUUUUUUAUUUAGCAUUAUCGCUCAGGUUGGGGAUUUAAAUAUCCGUAAAUUUUUGUUAUAAAAAACCCAAUAGGUAAUCAUUUUUUUGGCCUCUUCCCUAGUCCACUGUAAUGUGGUUGAAUAGAGGGCUACAAAAAUACACAUCCCAUAGCAUCACACGUCCCCUAUACCUUUAUGUGUAGUAUUUUGUAUUUGGGACGGGGCCAUAACUUGGUCGUAGAGUCUCUUCCCUAUACCCAAUGCUAAAUCUAAGCCCCUUUUUACGGCCUCGAGACUCUCAUAAAAACGAGAAAACCAAAUUUAAACCCUUCACUUUGCUAAUAAUUCCAAUAACGACGUGUGUUGUAUGAAAUUAAAAGGGUUUCCCCCCGCCCCAAAAAUGUAUUGUACUGACUAAAGGGGGAAAAAAGAACACAAUGAUCCUUUUUGUUAGGCCCCAAAAUGUAAAAAAACAACUGAAAAAACCUUUUAAAAUUUUUUUUUUAUUUAUUUAACUAGGCAAUCAUUAAAACAAAUUCUUAUUUACAAUGCGGUCUACCCCACCAAACCCGGACGACGCUGGCCUUUUGUGCGCCGCCCUGUGGGACCCCCAAAUCACGGCCGUUUGUAUACCCCGGGAUAAAAAACCGGGGGGUCUGUAGUGACGCCUAAAGCACUAAAUGCAAUCCCCUUAACCGCGGGGCCCCCUCGUGACUUGUCCAAUAAGACACACUCUUUUCCAUUUUCCUUUGAAAUCCCCAAUUAACACAGGCGUCUUUGAAAAAUUUAAAUUUAUUUUUAAUUGCCCUGCCGGGUUUAAAUAAAUUACUUUAAAAAACACCAAGCUCUGCAUUCCAAAUAAUGCAAGGUCCCCCCUUAAAAAUUUUUUUUGCCCUUUUUUUUCCAUCUGUAUCAUUACGGGAAACUGCCCCCCUUGGCGGUCAAUCUGUUUGGCUGCCGGGCGGGGAUUGCGGCGGGGGGGGAGCAACAACUUUGGCAUGGCCAUUCGUGGUCUUUCCUGUUCCCCCCCUGCUCCUAGUGUGCUGGUCGCCCCCUACAAGGCCUUAAAGUAAGUAAAAAAAAAACCCCCUUUUUUCCCACCUGGGGUGCUUCAGUAGGGUUUCGUUUGCCAAUGUUUUGGCUUUCACCUUUUACCGUUUCGUUAAAAUAAACUUUGAACACCGUUUGUUACAUUAGAUUUAUAUGCAUGAGGCAGAGAGGACAGUAAACACUUUCUUCAAGCUAUUUCCCCCCAGAUAUACAGUAGUACAGGAGGUUGGUGGUACCUUAAAUGGGGAGGAUGGGCUCGUGGUAAUGACUGGAGCGGAAUCAGUGGAAUGGUAUCAAAUACAUCAAACACGUGGUUUCCAGGUGGUUGAUGCCAUUCCAUUUGCUCCGUUCCGGCCAUUAUUAUGAGCCGCUCUCCCCUCAGCAGCCUCCACGAAGUAGGUUCAAUCCUGGAUUUCUGACUAGAUUUACUUCUCUCUCCCCCCCCUGUAGGGACUGACAGCUCGUUCAACUUCAUGGCGUUUCUUCUUCGUGUUCAUGGCCCAGGUGGUGAUCAGCAUCAUCCAGUGUAUAGGGAUCCCAGGCUGGGGGGUCUGGUAAGGAUGGAGCCUGGGUCUCCCCUCUCUGAGUCUGGAUCCGCUCAAAGUUUCUUCCUUCUAGGGAAGGGUUCUUCCAUAGUUGCCUUGCCACUUCUCCUUGCUCUUUGGGGUUCUAGGCCGGGUUACUGUAAAAACACUUUGUGAACAACUGUUGAUGUAAAAAAAGGGCCUAUACAAUUUAAUUGGUUGAUUGACCGGAUUUUUCGGCCAUAGCCUUACAGUUGACGGCGUUGUUAUCAUUAUGAAACCCCGCCCUUAGAACAGGCGUCGACUUCCUGUCAACUUGUUUUGGUUUUCUUCUUCUUCCUUCCUCCAGCGGCUGGUGGCGACCAUCACCUUCUUUAGCACCAAUAUAGGCUCGCUGGUAGUCAUGCUGAUCCCCACCAUCAUGUUCACUGCCAUGGCUGUCCUCUCCUUCAUCGGGCUCACCAAGGUACCAUAGUACUAUAUACAUUGACAAUUUGUGUGUGUUUGUGUGUGUGUGUGUGUGUGUUUGUGUGCGUCUUGUGUGCUACAUACACUUCCACUUCGGCACUGCCUAGUACUAGGGCUGUUACGGUGACCGUUGUUACAGCCACACCGGCAGUCACGAGUCAUGAAAGGCAGUCAAAUUGCACGUUACCGUUUAGUCACGGUUAUUAGGCUUCUCCGAGGUCUGAUGCUGCUGCUGGUCAUUAGUAGCCUACCAAACUUGCUAACUGCCUGGUACUCAGCACUCUAUUGUCCCUCUAAUCACUCUGACUUCAAUGCUAAUGUAAUCAAAAAUCUAAUCAAACACUUCAUGAGAGUCCAUGAGCUCAUGUUGCGCAACAUUUCAACAGGCUAUGCAAUUGCGCGGAGAAAACAGAGUGAUGGCCUCUACUAAAAAUAGGAGGAUCAGCUUUCUAUAGGCUAGGCCUACUAUAUUUAUUUCUCAACUUUCCUAAUAUUCAGCACAUUGCUUCUCUUUAAAACAGGAGUAUAGCCUACCUGGUUGGCAUGAAAAUAAACCACGGGGAAAAAGUGUCUUCCAGUCGCCUAUUUAAGUGCAUAGAUGACAUGUAUUUUUCCCGCUUGCCACUGUUUCAAGACAGGUGCAUGAUAAUGGUCCAUUCUAAAUCAAAACAAACUUCAGACAUACAGUACCAGUCAAAAGUUUGGACACACCUACUCAUUCAAGGGUUUGUUCUAUUUUUUUUUACAAUUUUCUACAUUGUAGAAUAAUAGUGAAGACAUCAAAACUAUGAAAUAACACAUAUCGAAUCAUGUAGUUACCAAAAAAGUAUUAAACCAAUCAAAAUAUAUUUUAGAUUUUAGAUUCUUCAGAGUAGCCACCCUUUGCCUUUAUGACAGCUUUGCCCACUCUUGGCAUCAAAAACCAUCAAGCGCUAUGAUGAAACUGGCUCUCAUGAGGACCGCCACAGGAAAGGAAGACCCAGAGUUACCUCUGCUGCAGAGGGUGAGUUCAUUAGAGUUACCAGCCUCAGAAGAAACCACUAUUAAUGGACACCAAUAAGAAAAAGAGACUUGCUUGGGCCAAGAAACACGAGCAAUGGACAUUAGACCGGUGGAAAUCUGUCCUUUGGUCUGCUGAGUCCAAAUUUGAGGUUUUUGGUUCCAACCGCUGUGCCUUUGUGAGACGCAGAGUAGGUAAACGGAUGAUCUCAGCAUGUGUGGUUCCCACCGUGAAGCAUGGAGGAGGAGGUGUGAUGGUGUGGGGGUGCUUUGCUGGUGACACUGUCUGUGAUUUAUUUAGAAUUCAAGGCACACUUAACCAGCAUGGCUACCACAGCAUUCUGCAGUGAUACGCCAUCCCAUCUGGUUUGGGCUUAGUGGGACUAUCAUUUUGUUUUUCAACAGGACAAUGACCCAACACACCUCCAGGCUGUGUAAGGGCUAUUUUACCAAGAAUGAGAGUGAUGGAGUGCUGCAUCAGAUGACCUGGCCUCCACAAUCACCCGACCUCAACCCAAUUGAGAUGGUUUGGGAUGAGUUGGACCGCAGAGCGAAGGAAAAGCAGCCAACAAGGCAAAGGGUGGCUACUUUGAAGAAUCUAAAAUCUAAAAUAUAUUUUGAUUUGUUUAACACUUUUUGGGUUACUACAUUAUUCAAUAUAUGUUAUUUCAUCGUUUUGAUGUCUUCACUGUUAUUCUACAAUGUAGAAAAUAGUAAAAACAAAGAAAAACCCUUGAAUGAGUAGGUGUGUCCAAACUUUGACUGGUACUGUUAUUAUUUAGUAUAUGUAAAGACAAUAUUAAAUCAAGAAUAGUCUGAUGGGUGACAAUAUUAGCCUGUCACUUGUGAAUGAUAUAUUAUCACUUGUGAAUGAUGCCCAGCAUAAGAAACUGCCUUUUUUUGCGACUUUUUCGAAUCGUAGUCGCACACCUCAUGUAGCCUAGCCCAUAGGCCUAUAUGUUUUGAUAAGGUUUGUAUCACAACUAAAGUGGCCAAAUAACUGCUUAAAAUUAAGCACAUUCAUCCGCUUUACAAGGGGUGUAGAGCCUAACUGGCCAUACAUACGCAGCGCGUGAGUUUCAAGUUUGGGAAGAUCAUUUUCACCAUAAAAAUGCACCUUUAUAAUAAAAGCAUUUCGUGCAUAGUCGCAUUUGCGGUCACUUUUGAUAAUGGUGUUUUCCCCGCUAAUGGAACAUUUGCGCUUAUAGCCUACUGCCAUGUGCGCAUUGCUGCGCUUAUUAAUGUGAAGAAAUAGCCGAAUAGUUUAUCAACAUUUUAAGCCAAACGUUCUCAUCUGUUGCGUCAGGCUCAUUGCUUAAAACAGGUUUUUUUGAUGCUAGUGGUUGUAUUAAUUUGGGAUCUAUCGCAUCCCACAACUGUCCCAGACUAUGAUUGGAAUAUUUAUUUCUCACACAGAAUAGAAUAGGUCAACUUUUGUACUAUGGGGGAUAGUAGAUUGACAUAGGCUAGUGCUUUUGCUGUUCGUUAGGCCUACUCAUCUUGUUGGUUGACGAAAAGUAAAUGUGGACAGUUCUUCCAAUAUCUUCAAUAUGCACCUCGGAAUUGGAUAAGGACGCGCGCAGUUGCGUCCCCGAUGUGUCUGUCUUCACUUGUAGCCUGUGAGAAAGACCCGAUCACGUGAUGGAGCGCGCAGCAGUCAGGGAGAAGUGCACAACCACCACUGGCCGCAAAAGGCAUGGAUACGGCCACACAAAGGGGAUGCCGCCGUGAAAUUCUAGGCAUUAUCAAGUGCUUGUCAAAUUGUGAAUGAGAGACUGAUGAAGUGUUUGCAGCCUGCGCAGAAAAACUAAGCAGAGCUCAUGCCUUUCAAGCAACUUUUUUCAAAUCAACAUUUGAGUCUCAUCAUGCAGCCUUACAAUGUAUUAAAAAUCAAAACAUAUAGCCCAACGUUUGUAGAACAACUAAAGUUACAUUAAUAACUCUAAAUUAAGCAUAUAGGAUUACCUAUUUCUUUGUUAACCGCUCAACACAGAAUAGCCGCAUGUGCGCACUCCCUCAAACCGUUUGGAGAAAAUAUCCUUUCUAUUUUAUUCAGCUUUGUUCAACUGUAUUCUUCAUACUAUAAAAUAAUGCCACGGAAUUCUAAGCCAAUCUUGUCUGCUAAAUGAACUAGUGUAGCCCACAGCCAUAUGGCAUAGCCAGAUCAGAGCCUAACAUAAGGACAACUCAGAGUAUGCUAUUCUGUUCUUCUGAAUUAGACUAGAUUUUCUUCAUAUCAUGCUUCUUUAGACCUGUAGAAAAUAAAUAAUGGAUUUAUUGUGAAGGUGUAGGCUAUAUUACAUGGCUUUAUUAGACUUUUUAAAAUGUAGAUGUUCCAAAGGUCUGCAUCAGUGGCUUGUAGGCUAUGUGUGGAAGCCAGGAGAUGCUAAAUGUGUUUAUGUUAAUUAACGGUCAAUUACUGUGAGACCGACAGCUUUAAGCAUCAGUUGUCAGAGCAGCUUACCGAUCACUGCACCUGUACACAGCCCAUCUGAAAUUAGCCCACCCAACUACCUCAUCCCUAUAUUAUUUAUUAUCAUUAGCUUUGAAUUGGUGGUCCUCUGUAGCUCAGCUGGUAGAGCACGGCGCUUGUAACGCCAAGGUAGUGGGUUCGAUCCCCGGGACCACCCAUACACAAAAAUGUAUGCACGCAUGACUGUAAGUCGCUUUGGAUAAAAGCGUCUGCUAAAUGGCAUAUUAUUAUUAUUAUUAUUUAUUUUGCUAAUUUGCACCCCAGUAUCUCUAUUUGCACAUCAUCUUUUACACAUCUAUCUCUCCAGUGUUAAUACUAAAUUGUAACUAUUUUGCACUAUGGCCUAUUUAUUGCCUUACCUCCAUAACUUACUACAUUCGUACACACUGUAUAUAUAUUUUCUAUUGUAUUUUUGACUUUAUGUUUUGUUUACCCCAUAUGUAACUCUGUGGUGGUUUUAUCGCAUGCCUUUAUCUGACCAGGUCGCAGUUGUAAAUGAGAACUUGUUCUCAACUGGCUUACCUGGUUAAAUAAAGGUGAAAUAAAUUAAAAAAAAAAAAAAAAAAAUCGUGACUGCCACAGACCUACCUAGCACUUUACGCUAAAGCUCUGACUUGCACAUUUCUCACUCUGACUAGAGUGUAAUGGACUCUAGAAAUAUGUGCAAUGUGGUUUCUGUGGAUAUGAUUCAGCUGCGACAACAGUUUCCCAUAACUACUACAGUACUUCUAGUACUGCUCUUCUCUGUCGAGGCCAAUAGCAAACUGUCAAGUCAAACCCACAAAUGUAACAUCUUAUCUUUCUGACCACAUUUUCUUGGUUUACGUGGGAGUCGGCAGGAAAUAUAGCACUUUUUUUUUUAACAUCUGUUCAUCUUUGGCAAGCAUCCUUUAGUGUCUUUGACCUGAAGAGGACAACAACUUUGAUGGGCUGCUAUAGUCACAGGAGAUCAGGGCCCACAUUCAUAUAAAGUGUCUUAGAGUAGGAGGCCUGAUCUAGGAUCAGUUUUGCUUUUUAGGUCAGAAUGAAUAAAGAUUACAUGGAGAAGGGGAAGACCUGAUCCCAGAUCAGCACUGAAAUAUCACUCACAUCUCAGGUAAUAAUAAUAAUAAUAAGCCAUUUAGCAGACGCUUUUAUCCAAAGCGACUUACAGUCAUGCGUGCAUACAUUUUUGUGUAUGGGUGGUCCCGGGGAUCGAACCCACUACCCUGACGUUACAAGCGCUGUGCUCUACCAGCUGAGCUACAGAGGACCUCAGGUGCUACAGACAGGUGAAAAUGCUCUCUUCUGCUAACUCAGGCACAUUUACACUUCAUGGAUGUGAACACUGAACUGUUAAUUAAUAUCCCUGUUAAAUAGAUUCCAUUAAUAUCCCUGACUCGUCCGCAAUGUAGUCGAUGGACAAAUCAUAUUUAUAGUCUGGCCUCUACGGUGUGUUACUUGCGGUAAUAUAAAUGCAGUGCUGUGAAAAAGUAUUUGCCCCUUUUCUAAUUUUCUCUACUUUUGCAUAUUUGUGAUACUGAAUGUUAUCAGAUCUUCAACCAAAAACCUAAUAUUAGAUAAAGGGAACAUAAGUGAACAAAUAACACAACAAUUACAUACUUAUUUCAUGAACAAAGUUAUGCAACACCCAAUGCCCCUUUGUGAAAAAGUAAUUGCCCCCUUACACUCAAUAACUGGUUGUGCCACCUUUAGCCGCAAUGACUCCAACUAAAUGCUUCCUGUAGUUGUUGAUCAGUCUCUCACGUCGCUGUGGAGGAAUUUUGGCCCACUCUUCCAUGCAGAACUGCUUUAACUCAGUGACGUGUGGGUUUUAAAGCAUGAACUGCUCGUUUCAAGUCCUGCCACAACAUCUCAUUUGGGAUUAGGUCUGGACUUUGACUAGGCCAUUCCAAAACUUCCAAUUUGUUGCUUUUUAGCAAUUUUCAUGUAGAAUUGAUUGUGUGUUUUGGAUCAUUGUCUUGCUGCGCUUCUGCUUCAGCUCACAGAUGGAUGGUCUGACAUUCUCCUGUAGAAUUCUCUGAUACAGAGCAGAAUUCAUGGUUCCUUCUAUUAAGUCAAGUCGUCCAGGUCCUGAGGCAGCAAAGCAUCCCCAAACCAUCACACCACCACCACCAUGCUUGACCUUUGGUAUGAUGUUCUUACUGUGGAAUGCAGAGUUUGGUUUACUGGAACCAUGUCGUUCAAAAAGUUAUACUUUUGAAUCAUCUGUCCAUAGAACAUUCAUCCAAGAGUCUUGAUGAUCAUCCAGGUGCUUUUUGGCAAACUUGAGUCAACUUUUUGGACGAGAUGGGUCCCAUUAUAACUGGCGAAAACCAAACACUGCAUUCCACAGUAAGAACAUCAUACCAAAGGUCAAGCAUGGUGGUGGUGGUGUGAUGGUUUGGGGAUGCUUUUGCUGCCUCAGGACCUGGACGACUUGCCUUAAUAGAAGGAACCAUGAAUUCUGCUCUGUAUCAGAGAAUUCUACAGGAGAAUGUCAGACCAUCCGUCUGUGAGCUGAAGCAGAAGCGCAGCUGGGUCAUGCAGCAAGACAAUGAUCCAAAACACACAAUCAAGUCUACAUGAAAAUAGCUAAAAAGCAACAAAUUGGAAGUUUUGGAAUGGCCAAGUCAAAGUCCAGACCUAAUCCCAAAUGAGAUGUUGUGGCAGGACUUGAAACGAGCAGUUCAUGCUUGAAAACCCACACGUCACUGAGUUAAAGCAGUUCUGCAUGGAAGAGUGGGCCAAAAUUCCUCCACAGCGACGUGAGAGACUGAUCAACAACUACAGGAAGCAUUUGGUUGGAGUCAUUGCAGCUAAAGGUGGCACAACCAGUUAUUGAGUGUAAGGGAGCAAUUACUUUUUCACACAGGGGCAUUGGGUGUUGCGUAACUUUGUUUAUGAAAUAAAUAUGUAAUUGUUGUGUUAUUUGUUCACUUAUGUUCCCUUUAUCUAAUAUUAGGUUUUGGUUGAAGAUCUGAUAACAUUCAGUAUCACAAAUAUGCAAAAGCAGAGAAAAUUAGAAAGGGGGCAAAUACUUUUUCACAGCACUGUAUCUCUCUAACACCAUCUCAAUCGCUCCCUGACUCUCUCCAGGAAGCACAACAUGUACCGUGGUACCGGAGCAGUAUUCUAUAAAUCUCUCUCUCACACCAUCUCUCAAUCUGUCUCUCUCUUCAGGUGGAACAACGUAACACCAGGGACAACAUGAGCAAAGACAGGACUCUGAAUGAGCUGCAGUAGCAUAACUCACUCUUAACACCGUCUCCCUGACUCUCUCCAGGUGCACAACAUGUACCGUGGCACUGGGGGCAGUAUGAGUAAAGCCCAGGAGGAGUGGACCACCGGGGCCUGGAAGAACCCUCACGUCCAGCAGGCAGCGCAGCAGGCCGCUGUAGGGGUGGCGCAGGGAGCCAUGCAGCAACAACAGCCCCAGUACUCACAGGCACCCACCUACAACUACGACGACCCGGGCAUGUAGGGCAGGGUGGAGGUGAGGGUAGGAGACAGGGG